CAAGAGGGUGAAGUCAACAAACCAAACUGUCCUGUCAUUUGGGAGCUUGAGCUUUUGCGAUUGUGGAUCUGUUAUAAUAAAUUGUUUAAGAAUAUAGCUGUGGGUUUCAUGGUUUGUGAAAAUAACUUCUAUCCCUAUUUUACACUGUUUUAAUGUGGAUUUCCAUCCGUUUUACGGUCCUGAUUGAUAAAAUGAAGCUGAUUUCAUGUGUCAGCCAAUCACGUGCUCAUACAGGCGGAUGUGGCUUCCAGGAAAAUCGCACCAAUCACGACGCGGCAUUUACUUCACAGAGGCGGGACUUAGCCGAGAAAAGAAAGUUGUCAAACGUCAAUCAUACGUAUUACUCGCUUCUGAUUGGUCCACCGGUUUGAAUGAGGUGGGUCUUGAACUACAGUCACCGUGUAAAUUCCAUUGCUAACCAACUUUAGCCAGCCUGCUAACAUGUAAUUCAGCGACCACAUUGGUGGAUUUAAAGAACAUAAAUAAUGUUUUAUUUAACAUAGAGUAUUAUUAGAUAACAAUGUCAUCUCCUGCAUGUGUCUCUGUUAUUGCAAACAUGUGCAGUUAGGCAAAACUGCAGCAAUCUGGAACCUGCAGAGCUAAAAAAACAAAACACAAAACGUUUCUCCUGGGUCUGCGUUGCGGGGAUUUGAGGUUUCAUCGCCCGGAGAGAGGACACUAUUCCCGGGUGUUGGGAUUACCAUGAGUCCUGGAGGAUGUCCGCAUGUCAGUAGCUUCAAAGUGGACAACUGGAAGCAGAAUCUGAGGGUGAUCUAUCGGUGCUUCGUGUGGAGCGGGUCAGCUGAGACCAGAAAACGCAAGGCCAAGUCCUGUGUCUGCCACAUGUGCGGCGCCCACCUCAACCGACUGCACUCCUGCCUCUACUGCGUGUUCUUCGCCUGCUUCGCCAAAAAACACAUCCACGAACAUGCCAAGAGCAAAAGGCACAACCUAGCCAUUGACCUGCUGUACGGAGGGAUUUACUGCUUUAUGUGCCAAGACUACAUCUAUGACAAAGACAUGGAACAGAUUGCCAAAGAGGAGCAGAGGAAAGCCUGGAAGAUGCAAGGGAUCGGGGAGAAGUACUCGACGUGGGAGCCCACCAAGAGGGAGCUGGAGCUGCUCCGCCACAACCCCAAGAGGAGGAGAAUCACCUCCAACUGCACUAUUGGCCUGAGAGGGCUGAUCAACCUGGGCAACACGUGCUUCAUGAACUGCAUCGUGCAGGCGCUGACUCACACUCCUCUGCUCAGAGACUUCUUCCUGUCCGACAGACACAAAUGUGAAAUGCAGAGCAACUCCUGCUUGGUGUGUGAGAUGUCGCAGCUCUUCCAGGAGUUCUACUCAGGCCACCGGUCUCCUCACAUCCCGUUCCGCCUCCUCCACCUGGUCUGGACUCACGCUCGUCACCUGGCAGGAUACGAGCAGCAGGACGCCCACGAGUUCCUCAUCGCCGCGCUGGACGUCCUGCACAGACACUGCAAAGACGACAACGGGAAGAAAGCCAACAACCCGAACCACUGUAACUGCAUCAUCGAUCAGAUCUUCACGGGGGGGCUGCAGUCUGACGUCACCUGCCAAGUGUGCCACGGCGUCUCCACCACCAUCGACCCGUUCUGGGACAUCAGUCUGGAUCUGCCCGGCUCCUCCUCCCCCUUCUGGCCUCUCAGCCCCGGGGGGGACGGGGCGGCGCUGAACGGAGAGAAGAACCACGCCUCGGGGGCCACGACGCUCACAGACUGUCUGCGCAGGUUCACUCGGCCGGAGCACCUCGGCAGCGGCGCCAAAAUCAAGUGCAGCGGUUGCCAUAGUUACCAGGAGUCGACCAAACAGCUGACCAUGAAGAAACUUCCCAUCGUCGCCUGCUUCCACCUCAAAAGGUUUGAGCACUCGGCCAAACUGCGGAGGAAGAUCACCACGUACGUCUCCUUCCCUCUGGAGCUGGACAUGACGCCCUUCAUGGCCUCCAGUAAAGAGAGCCGGAUGAACGGGCAGUACCAGCAGACAGUGGACCCCUUCAACAACGACAACAAGUACAGUCUGUUUGCAGUGGUGAACCACCAGGGGACGCUAGAGAGCGGCCAUUACACCACCUUCAUCCGGCAGCACAAGGACCAGUGGUUCAAAUGUGACGACGCCAUCAUCACCAAGGCCAGCAUCAGGGACGUGCUGGACAGCGAGGGGUACCUCUUGUUUUAUCACAAACAGUUCCUGGAGUACGAGUAG